AUCCUGUCUAGGGAUGGUCUUAUACGGGGGCGUACGUAUAUAUAGGAAUAUGUUUCAGUUUGCAGCCGAUUCUUUAAUUGUACAGAUCUUGACAACACAAUGACGUUGGGACAGGUACAUGUUGCUCAUGUCUCUCAACUGGAUGUAAGUUCAUCAAGCAAUGUAAAGCAGGAAACACGGGGCAACUCGCCCAAAGACCCUCUCCACCCUGAUGACUUCAACAAGUCCGAGCCCUCCCAGAGCUCGGCCAGCUCACAGUCACAUACGACCAGAGCCCAGCCAGACAUAGAUCACUCGCUUCCAACCAGCAGUUCGGGCAUGGCAGACUCAUUUCAAGGCUAUCAGGACAAUUAUCAUAGUGACAAGGAGGGCUCUCUGACGAGCUCUCCUGUCAAAAAGUACAAAAAGUUCAAACAUGAGAAAUACUGCCUUGUGUGUGGGGAUAGGGCUCUAGGGUACAACUUCAAUGCUGUUACUUGCGAAUCCUGCAAGGCGUUCUUUCGACGAAAUGCUUUAAAAGACCAGUCACUCAAGUGCUUAUUCCAAGGAAACUGCAGUAUAGAUGUACGAACAAGGCGGUUUUGUCCAUACUGUCGGUUAAAUAAGUGCAAUCAGAUUGGCAUGAAGAGAGAAAUGAUACUUGACGAAAAUGAGAGAAAAGCCCGGAUGAAUAAAGUGUCGAUAAAUCGUGCCAGGAAGCAGUGUGGUCAGAAAAAUGACCCAAUGGACAAUGUGGUGAUAAAGGAUGAGCCCAUGUCUGAUCCUGAGCCUGAGGCUUCAAACCAUGAAGCUGAGGCUAGGGGCAUGGGAGAAGAAAGUCCCUUGUUGGUGAGUGGCUCCGGGGCCGCUCCUGUCCUUAUCCCAAAUGAGACACUAGAUGUUAUUAUCAAUCGGAGCAUGUUACCCAGUGACCCCCUUCUUUAUCGUACUCUAACCCCAAAUGAGAAAAAACUCAUCAGUGACGUGACUAUGGCAUACAAAGAGACUUUAGCGAGCUAUGCCGUAGAGCAGCAUGUCAAUCAGGAGGAAAACUACUCCAAUCUUAAUGAUAUCGUCAACAACUCUGAAGUGGCUGUGCGCAGAUUAAUCAAGUUUGUGAAGUUAUUGAGUGAUUUUAAAAUUCUCAGUCAGGAAAAUCAAAUUGCAGCUCUAAAGGCAUGUGUGCUCAACACUCUUCUGUUGCGAUCUGUCAAUUUCUACGACGUAGAAAAUGACGCAUGGCGUACACCAACAGGUAGCAUUCCAACAAAUGUCCUGAAACAGGCCACCGGCCAUCAUCAACUUCACGAGGAUCACACUUCCUAUUGUCGUAGCCUAAAGGCUAUCUCCCAGGACGAUGUAUACAUCAUGGCUAUUUUACAGGUGAUGAUCAUCUUUAGACCAGAUGGUGUUAAUCUUGAACACCGCCACGAAGUUUCAGACUUACAGGACAAAUACAUUUUGUUGCUCAAACAUUACCUAGAAUCGAGUUUCAGUUACAUGCAUGCGCACAUAGUGUUUUCAAAUUUGUUGCGUAAAUUCAACGAGUUGCAGAAAAUUGGAGAUGACCAUGCGAAAAUUGUGCUACAAGUUAAUGCCAGUCAAAUUGAGCCUUUAAUGCUCGAAGUUCUAAAUCUUCAUUAGCCAUUGUUCAUUCUCAGCAAUUUUUUCGUGUAUUGAGCUUUCUUUGUGUUUAACCCAUGCUCAGCAGAUAAUAAAUCGGGAUUACUAUAAUUGGAUGUCGUUACAUAUUGGUACAAUGAAGCUAGACUUAACUGACACCUAACUUUAAGGAUCCCUGUCCCGCAGCAGGCAAAACACUGGAGAAAGAAUUUCACUGUAGUUUGUUCAUAGAGUAACCUCUCCUUAACUCAUUCACCCCGAAGACACAUUUGAACUCUUCCAAUUCAAACGUUGGAAUAGUUCAUUAUGAAAGUUCAUGGGUAAUAUUGUUUAGAUAUAGCUAUAGUGUGACUGAACCAGAUCACCACCGUUGACGAGGUAUUACUCGUGUGGUUAAUAGCGACAAUAUAAUAAUCAGCAGUACAGGGUUCAGAUCCUGCCCUGUUUGCAUUUUCAAACUCAGAACACUGUUACGUUGUUGACUGCAUCUUCAUUAUUUCGCGUAAAAGAUCCGCGAGACGUGGUUUUCUUUUUCUAAAAUUUAAUCAAUGCUGUAGUCAUGUUAGAAAAGUCCCUAAGGCAUAGCUACAAUGUCUGGCAGUGGAACAGGGAUCCUUAAAAAUAUUCUGUAAAUAUCAACAUGAUUAUCUGGCACUUAAUCUGACUCUAUACCAAAACACUGUCAUAUCCAACUCAAUGACUUGGUCCCUUUUGAUGUCAGUAAGGUCUGGUUUUAGUGUAUAUCUUAACCCUUUCACCCCUAGGUAACUUUAGUAGACCCUACCAUACAUUGAUUUGGAGGAGUCCAUUAUGGUCUACAGUGGUGAAAGAGUUAAGACUUUGGUCAAUAUCUCACCAUAAGCCAGUCCAUGGCAGCGAUAAUGCAAAUUAGGGAAAUUUCAAUCUGAAUGCCAAUAUACCAAAUGUUGAAAAUUCGGUUAUACCUUGAAUUUGUAAAACUGCUACAAACUAAAACCCUGUGGGAUUUCAAAAACAUUGCUUGGAUUAGACAGUGUUAGAGUACGCAGCUUUUUGAUGAUAUUAUAAGAAAUGGGAUUACAGGCUUAUGUCAGAUAUAAUUGGAUGUCAGAAUACUCAGGGUUCAGUUUAGACAGGUAUCACUAUACAGCUGUGGAACGAUUAGAUUUACAUUCGCCAGAAGGUUUUGAAUUUCAGACACUUUUACAUAAGUUGCUUAAGAUUAAUGAAAUAUCCCAUUAUAUUGCAAGCUUUCCGGCUUUUGAUUGGUUAAAAAUUGUUUUUAAAAACACAAGUUUGGCAUUGGUGCAUUUAGAAUGUGUACGAUAUACAUGUAUUAGAAAAUGCAUGGUUUUGAAAUAUGUGCACUUCUACCGAUAAAAAUGUUUUCUUGAGAAAUAUUCAGGGCUACAUGUACAUGUUCAUGUUGUUAUAUCAUUUUAUGAAUUGUUAUGUUUGUCUCAUACUGUUUGAAACACUGACAUUGCUCAUCACAUACAAAGCCACAUUUAAAAUAUUGUUUGUUUGUCCUUUGCCGACGUAACAUGUUUAAAAUAUUGUUUGUUUAUUCCUUCGCCGAUCUUACCUGGACUUAAAAGGUUGGUACAUUAAAAAAGAACAUGUAUGUCAUAUUUUUGUUUAAUGGAAAACUCAGCAUAGUUGCGUGCUCUUGGUGUGAUCAGAAGAACAAGAUGACUGCCAGGCAGCCAUCUUGGAUUUAAGAUUGUUAUCGCUAUUUCUCAAAAAGUACCGGUACUUCGACGAUCUUUCUCAAAUUUCAUAUGAUGGUCUCUUGGUCUCUAGUUAUGCAUGUUUCAUAUUGAGACUGAUUGGAAAAACAACAUGGGUGGAUUUGGGGAAUUAAAGUUUGUUAUCGCUAUUUCUCAAAAAGUACCGGUACUUCACAAAUCUUUCCCAAGUUUCAUAUGAAGGUUCCAUUUGGUUCAGAAUUGUGCAUGUGUUAUUUGAGACUGAUUGCAAAAACAAGAUGACCACAUCUUGGAUUUUGACAUUUCAAGAAUAUCCUCACUAUUUCCAAGGAAAUACUUAACAGAUCUUUCUCCUAGUGCAAUGAUCGGUUCUAUUUCUUUCACGUUAAGUACUGUACUAGUAAAUAUGUGAAAAGACAAACUCACUUUGAAGGUUGGCUUUCAUACACAUUAGUAUGAAGUUUAAAAUCAAAGGUUACCUCAUGGUGCAUUAACUGUUUACAUGACACAAUAACAGAUAGGAGAAAAGAAGAGAAGAGAUCGACCUAACAUAUAGAACCAAUGGUACGAUGGUGGGCACCAAGAUUCCUCUGAGAUCUCGUUUUAAAUAUUUGUGGAUAUUUACUGGUUGGGUUUGUGAAGGAAAAAUAAACAAUAUACAAUUGUUUUGGCCUAAAAGCUCAAUCACCAAACAUACUGAAUUUGAAUGUGUAUAUGACAUUAUAUAUAUACAUGGUAUAAAUAUAUCAUAGUCUUAUCAUUAUAGGAAUUCCCUACAUAUUUUAAUAAAAAUUUGGUUCUUCUGAUCUGACUGUAUCAGAAGCUCAGGUUCUUUACCAUAUAAUGUACUUUUAAGACAAGCAACAAGAAAAAAUGUUUAAAGAUUGUGUUGUGUGGUGUUAAUUAAAUUCUCAUUUUUUAUCGAUAGCUCUUGUUAAUCGAACCUAACGAACCCUUUAUAGGAAUUGGAGUCAAUAAACAACCUUAUAAAAAAAAAACCACUUGCCAUGUGUCAAAUUAAUCAAUACAUAUAUUUAAAUAUGUAACUUGUACUGUUACACAUUCUUAUGUAAAGGAUGGCCUUGCUUACACAUUCCUGCAGCACACUUUACAGUCAGCAAGGAUAUAGGAUACCUUAUUGUAUCCUCGGUACUCCAGGGGUUACCCUAACAUUUGUUCUCUAGAGAGCACAAACCCCUGGAUUAUGUCAGAAAACCUGAAGGCUCAGUGUGACUAGUUUGAUCUUUUUAUGUACAUCAAAAGAAUAUCACAGUCCUGUAAAAUUGACUGGCAUUGAAUGUGGGUGUCACUCCUCUGUAAUCUUCAAAGGACAGGUAUCAGUCUAAAUGGUCAGGUUCUUUUACCUGAGACCAAUUAAAUAACAAGCCAAGUAUAAUUCAGAAAAAGGCUGACUCCUAAUUUUUUUUUGGGACUCCAUAUCUUUUGUUUUAAUUAUUGUGCCUGCUGUUUUAAUCACAAUUUGAGAAAAACAUUCCAAAUUCUUAGCAAUGUAAUGGCAGUGAUCACAAAUAUGAGUACAGUAAAAUUCAGUCAUGUAUACACUGUUUGUCUAACAGAAUUUGGCAUCAGAAAUGUAUUUGAUGAAAUGUAUCAAGACAAAGGUACAAAAGUUAUCAAGGAAUCCUUAAAAGAUGCUGGCAGAAAGUGAUGCUGAAAUUACCAGUAAAAGGCAUUUUACUGAACCUGUGAUUUGUGUUAGAGUUAUCUCCCAUUAAUUGAUUAAGGUAUCAUAUAUAUCCUAAACCUACUGUCUGCUUUUUUGCUUAAGUCUAUUUUUAGGUGAUUAAGAUACAUUUCUAACCAAUAUCAAUGAGUCUACCUCAUUUACUCAGCAUUUGCUUUCUUAUGUAAAGCAAACAUAAAUAUUUCCCGAAAAAGAUGUCUCGUCCCAAACAAUCCAGUGUGUAUGUGUCUGUAUUUGACCCUUGCUUGUUCCACUUGAUGUCUGUAGAAUAAGUUUUUUUUUCAGGAAAUAUAUAUAGAAUUGCAUUUGACCUGUAAAUUUAACAAAUCUAACAAUAAGUGCAGUUAGAGGCAAGUUUUGCCUAUAAUGCGUGACGUAAUGAAAAGGCAGGAAACAGUCCCAAGUUACAAAACAACCACAGUAUAAGGAACCAGGAAUUUGAAUUGAUUCAGAUAUACAUACCGUAUAUAUCCGGCAAUAACCCUUAUUCACCACUGUAAACCAUAAUGGACUCUUCAAGAUCAAUGCAUGGUAGAGUCUACUAAAGUUACAUAGGGGUGAUAGGGAUAAGCCCAACCAUAUUUAUUGCAGUUCUGUAGAAAAUCAAACAGAUGAUAUUUUAUAGUCCUGUAAUAAUUGAUUGAUUAAUUGAUUGGUUUUACGUCCGCUUCACUACGGAGUGGUUAAGUUAUCCAGCUGACGAAUCCUGUGAUAAGCUCAACGCCCCUAUAUAUUGGAGUCAGAGAUUAAAUGUUUGUCCCCCAAGCUGGAUAAGUGUAUAGUACAUACGUAUACCCUAAUUUUUAUGUUGUAGGAAUGGGGUUAUAUAAAGGCCUUAAUAUAUUGUAAUUAUGAUAGAAAUCAUGUAUGUAUUUUUGCAUUGAUGACAUGUAACUACCGGUAUCCAGUCCUAACAGAUUCAAUAUAUACAGCAAGCACUGGUACAGUGCCUUAAGUCUGACUUAAAAGAAUGUAUUGUUGUGAUUAUGGCUAAGUAGAUAUUAUAUAUUACAAUUGGUUGAGCAUUAAAGCUGGGCCCGUGCAUAUUCACUAAAUCUGCAAUACAUACCUUGUGUCACCAUAAUAUUUUAAGUUCACCUGCUAUGGCACAACCUCUGUUGUCUGUUGUCCAUCUGGCUUCCAGCGGUACGUUUCCUUUCAAAAACAGAAUGAUUACAGGAAUUGCGACAAAAUUCAGCAUGCAUCAUCCAAUCAUCUAUUCUUCAUAUGAUUUUAAUUUUCGCAGUCUAUAUCCUGCAAAAGAUCUGUCUUUUUUAAGAAUACUUAACCCUUUGAUCACUGUAGACCAUAAUGGACUUGUCCAGAUCAAUGCAUGGUUGAGUCUACUAAAGUUUUAAAGGAGUGAAAGGGUUAAAACUGCCUUCUUAUCAUAUUAUAUAGAUGAAACCACAUAAAAAAAAGUCCCUCUGAAUUAAAAGUUUUUGUGGAAUCUAUGAAAUAUCGAAAAAAUAUUGAUAAGGAGCUUUGCAGAAUGUUAUAUGAUGGUCUUUAAGUUAGCUGUCAUGGCCUGAUGAGUGUGGAAUAUCCCGGUGUGAGUUUUUCUGUGUAGCUCCCGAUAGGGGAAGGGCUAAAAACAGGAUACUUUGGGUGUUUGAGCAUUUGAAAGGUUUAAAUUUGAAUUCGCUCCGAUGUUCAAUAUUGUGAAAAUAUUUGCUGUGUAUUAUAUAUUAAAUGAGAAUAUUUUAUCAUAGUUGCUUAUAACUAUCCAGAUGAGUGAUGCAGGCCCUCUUGGACUUUUCUUUGGAUGAUGAGGAGAAAUUUACAAAUAAGAUUUAAAAUUUACUCUCCUGUAUUUCUGACAACUCAAAAGUUAUAUGUUCCGGUUCAUAAUAUUUUACAGCUCCAGCAUUCUAAAGUAAUUUGAUACUGGUGGUAAUGUGCUUUCAAAUCGAUGCGAGAUACAGAUAUGGUUACAAUUAAUUCUUGUGAGUUUUAUUUUGAUAACACAAAAUGUUUAUUAUAUCACAGCAAAAGUUGAAUUCCUUAACAUUUGUUCAAGGAAUUAAUUGUUUGUUUUCUCGCCUAAAGUGACUUAUUGUGUCGGGUAAUAUAUUCAGGCCUUGGCCUAGCAUAUCAUUCCUUUUAUGUAACUUUUUUGUCUGUAGAAAUAUUUCCUUAAUUGAAAUGCUUUUACAGUGAGUGUUUUUUUUACUGUAAUAUUAAGUUACUUCUUGUACCUUCUUCAAUUAUCUAUAUUAUCUUAUAAGCAUGAGACUGAAGAGUGGACAGGUAUAAAGGAUAAGAAGGCUUCUAAAUGAUGAGCUUGAACCACAAAUACAUUUUCACAUUUUAUUUUUCUCAAAUUUACGUAUUGUCUCGCUGUCAAAAUCUUUGAGCUAACUUUUCGACUUCUUUCGUAUCUAUGUUCCAGUCUGUAUUCCAUACUUUUUUCUUGCAUACACAGCAUCAUGUUUAAGCUUUGUAGUCUAUUAAGAAACUGAAUUACCUAAAUCCUGUAUAUGUUGUUAAGAGUUAUCAUGUGAUCAUAUAAGAACUGGUUCAAUGAACUUGGUGUUAUGUUGUGAUAUAAAAAUGAUAUAUUUUCAUCCACCCAUGUUUAUUAUAUAUUAUAUAUUUCCAGUAGAUUUGUAUAAGGUGAUAUAUUUGGACCUGCAUAUUAUAUAGAUGAAGACUAUGUGAGGGAUUAUCGUAUAAAUGUUCCAUGUUCAUGUUUUCAAAGUCUAUUGCUUUUCUGUCGAUACUAGAUACUAAUAAUAAAUAUUUGAGUUUUUCCGUGUGAUUCAAUUUCAAAUACUGUAUGUAGAGUGGAAUCUGAUAAAAGACAUCUGUUAGGUGGCUUUGUUACGCCUGACCUGUUACGAUGUUGUAAGUAGUAAAUAAAGCCGUGUCACAGAGUGUAUUGGAUUGAUUUUGUGGCUUUUUUCAUGUACAUUAGGUAUUUAUAAGAGAGAAAGUACAAGAUUAGUAUUCAAUUCAUGGUUUUUAGAUUGUUAAAUUGUCAUGGUACUGUACUAGAAAUGUUUAUUGUUGUUUUGAAUUAGCAGGUUCAGUUUAUCUGAAGAUAACUGUGAAAAUAUCACAUGAAAAUUACAUUACCUGGUAAUUAUAUGUCUUAGAAUUGAUUUUUUUUCAUUUUUUGUAAAAAACAAAUGCAGCAGAAUAAAAAUGGUCAAUACUUGUAUAACAGGGUACAUGUAUGUUGAUGACAUAUAUAUUUCAGUUUAAGAUUAAUCCUGUCUUAACAUACAAUAAUAAUUUAUGUACAAAUAUACUAAUAAACAAAACUAUAUAUAUACUACAGUAUUUAUAACUUAGAAUGGAACUUGAAGGGUUGUGUUUUCACUGGUCCUACAGACACAUGCGUUACAUAUUGGUAUGAUACAGGUACAAUCCAAUGCUUAAAUAAAAUCAAGAUUAAGUUGAGAUUUAAUAAUUAAGGUGUAGUUGAGAUUUAUUAAAAUACAACAUGGAAGAUUUGUUAAGGUAUAGGUAGAUUUUUUU